AUGAGCGAUGACCGGCGAGUAUCAGGAGGCGCUAUGUAUGAUCCCGCCCGCGACGCUUGGGCUGACCGCGACGCCGACGCGGGCUCUUGGCCUCAGCGCCGCACUGUGGACCAGGAGGCCCAGUCGUACUCUCCGCCAGCACCAGCGCAAGCUCCUCGUCCAGUUUCUCCGGUGUAUGCUGUUCCUGUUCCUGGCCCCGGUCCGCAGUCUUCGUAUGAUACAGAGCCGUCCGUGAAACCAGCUGCGCAAGAAAUUUCUACUGCCGCUCCAGAAGAGCCACCGCAUCGUCACAUCUCUACGGAACAGACAGGAGCCCCGGAACCCGAUAAAGAGACCACUCGAUCCUCCAAGCUCACAAAGAAGAAAGGAAAACGCCCGGCUGCCAAAGCAAUGGACAGCCCCGACGCCACCAGACCGGCUUCCGAAGCCACCGACUUCGUCGCCAGCCCAUCCGACCCAAACGGUGAGAAGAAGAGAAAACUAGCGGAAGAGAAACCAGAGGAGCCCAAACCAGGCUCAGACCGCCCAGUCUCCAAGCGCAAGCGUCUCGAAGAACGACACCAGAAGCUACGCAAACGUGGCCGAACACCACCGUCUGCUUACGCACGACGCGAUGCGGAUGAGAAUUCGGGCCGCAGUCGUGAUACCCCGAAGGAUCGCUCGCCUUCGCCGCCGCCGAGAGCACCGACUCCUGAAGCGCAAUCGCGGCCGCGCAAGAGGCCGGGUGGUGGUGCAAGGAUGGGGCUUGUUGACCGUGAGACGAUACGGCGGAGGCAGGAGGAGCGGGAGCGUGCUCAGGAGAAUGAUGCUAUGCGGGCGUCUCAGGUUCGUGGGGUGACAGAUGUUGUCCGUCAGCAUUACAAUACGGUGCCGCAGCGAGGAAAGGAAUGGCGGAAGACGGAGAGUAAGAUCAAGGGUCUGCGGAGCUUUAACAACUGGAUCAAGAGUACUUUGAUCCAGAAGUUCUCUCCGGACGAAGAGUUCCUCUCGCGUUACGCUGAUUCCAAGGACUGGGCAGAAGGCACCGGGCCAAUGCCGAUGGAGGAAAGACGUCUUCUAGUAGUCGACUUGGGCUGCGGUAAGGGAGGUGAUCUGGGCAAAUGGCAGCAAGCUCCGCAGCCAGUGGACCUCUACGUUGGCCUUGACCCAGCAGAUAUAUCUGUCGAGCAAGCUCGCGACCGUUACAGUUCGAUGAGAAAUGGCCGUGGCCCGCGCGGACGCCGUGGUCCACUGUUCCAUGGCGAGUUCAUCCCCAAGGACUGUUUCGGAGAGUUCCUGGGCGAUAUCCCUAUCAUCCAGCAGGUCGGGAUUGAUCCGAACGCAGGUCCGGGAGGUUCGGUCAUGAGCUCGCGAUGGGGUGGUGGAGGAUUUGACGUCGUCGCAUCCAUGUUCGCCAUCCACUACGCAUUCGAGAGCGAAGAAAAGGCGCGCCAAAUGCUUCGCAACGUUUCCGGAUUGCUGAGGAAGGGUGGUCGGUUUUUGGGGGUGUGUCCCAACUCAGACGUCAUCAGCGCACGGGUGGCCGAAUACAACACGAAGCGCAAGGAACGCGAAACAGCCAAGCAGGAGAAACCAGAAGAUCCUGAAGACGGCGAGGUUGAGGAGGAUGAUAACAAGCCAGCAUGGGGAAAUAGCAUCUACCAAGUCCGGUUCCCCGGUCCCGCGCCGGACGAUGGCGUCUUCCGGCCGCCAUUUGGAUGGCGAUACACAUAUUUCAUGGAAGAAGCGGUGGAGGGAAUUCCGGAAUACGUCGUGCCCUGGGAAGCUUUUCGAGCUCUGACCGAGGAUUACAACCUCGAACUCUCCUACCGCAAGCCAUUCCUGGACAUCUGGCGAGACGAGCAGAAUGAUUCUGAAUUGAGACCGCUUAGUGAACGCAUGGGAGUACGGGAUCGGGAGACUGGUGCUCUACUGAUGACCGAGGAGGAGAAGGAAGCAGCCAGUUUCUAUCACGCAUUCUGUUUCUACAAGGUUUAA